AUUGAUGGGCUUCACUUGCUCAGGGAGCAUGGCAGUUUGGUUUUGGACCUGCUCCAGAGUUCUUUUGCUCCAGAACUGCUGGCUGAAGCACUUGCUUCUACAGGACCUUCUCGGCAUUCCGUGCUCAGAAGGUGACUUGCCUCGAUGUUUCAGCAGGGAGCUGUGAAUGGACAGUUAUGAAACUGUUCUCCACGCCUUAAGCUAAGAGUUAUCAAGAGAGCAGCUCGGAGGCGAGUGCGAGGGAACACCGAUACUCUCGGGGUCAGGAAGAAAAGGCAUGGCACGGCAGGCUGAUCAGCAACAACUGCGGCUAGGGGCAUCACUGACCCCGGACGGGUCCCGGCUACAGGCUGCUGCCCGAGCGCUUCCCGUAGCCGCGUAACCGCGCUCCCACCGGCGCCACCCGCUGCCCCUGCCCGAGACGCCUCCCCGCCAGACCCCGCAGACACCUACCUGCGAUGAUACCACCAUCUGCAGCAACGCCUGUCAGUGAUGCUGUGCUUUUGCCAAGUGCAGCAUCUCAGGAAAUCUGGAGGUCACAAGUUCCAGGCUACUCUGGAUCAAUCACACAGCACAUAAGCCAUCGAGCCAACAACUUCAAGAGACAUCCCAAAAGGAGAAAACACAUCCACCCUUCACCACCACCACCACCAAAUACUCCGUGUCCUGUUGAUUUGAUUGACUUUGGGGAUCUCCAGCCUCAAAGAUCUUUCCUAGAACUCCUCUUUAAUGGGUGCAUUCUCUUUGGGCUUGAGUUCAGCUAUGCUAUGGAAACAGCUUAUGUUACCCCUGUGCUGCUUCAGAUGGGGCUUCCAGACCAGCUGUAUGGAAUGGUGUGGUUCAUCAGCCCUAUAUUAGGGUUCUUGCUACAGCCUUUGCUGGGGGCCUGGAGUGACAGAUGCACAUCAAGAUUUGGGAGGAGAAGACCUUUCAUUCUGGUCUUAGCAAUAGGAGCGUUGCUUGGGCUCUCGCUUAUGCUGAAUGGCAAAGACAUAGGGAGUGCCUUGUUUGACACCACCAAUAACCAUAAAUGGGGAAUCAUCCUUACAGUCUGUGGUGUUGUCCUCAUGGACUUCAGUGCAGAUUCAGCAGACAAUCCCAGUCAUGCCUACAUGAUGGAUGUAUGCAGUCCAGCGGAUCAGGACAGGGGCCUCAACAUCCAUGCUUUGUUAGCAGGUCUUGGAGGUGGCUUUGGUUAUGUUGUUGGAGGAAUACACUGGGAUAAAACCAGCUUUGGAAAAGCUGUGGGAGGGCAACUUCGUGUCAUCUAUGUCUUCACCUCAGUUACGCUGUCUAUCACUACUGUGCUGACUCUCAUUAGCAUUCCAGAAAGACCCUUAAGGUUCUUUAGCAGGAAGAAAAAGGUGAUGAAGAGUCCAAGUCUUCCUCUCCCUCCUUCUCCACCUUUCUUCUUUGAGGAAGGGGUAAAUGAAAACUUUGCUUCUCAUAACUCAGCUCACUUAUAUGCAAGUUUUACAGCUCCUGUUUCCCCCAUGAGUCCACUAACACCCAAGUAUGGCAGCUUUGUCAGCAGAGACAAUUCCUUGACAGGAAUUAAUGAGUUUGCAUCGUCCUUUGGGAUUUCAAAUAUCGAUGGUGUGCUUAUAGACUGCUUUACAGGCGGGCACAGUAGUUACCUGUCACUUCCAGCUAGCUUGCCCAGGCAGCCUGUCAGUGUUAGCUUUCCUCGAGCGCUCGAUGGCUGUUACCAAGGAGAAAACGGAGUUCUGGAGCAAGGGGAGAGCAGUGUAAUGCCGAGGCCUGAUGGUGAGGCACUAAGGGUGGGCUCACUGGAUGCCAUAAAGCCACGGUCAUCAGGGAUCCUGAAAAGACCUCAAACCUUGGCCAUUCCAGAUACUCUAACGGGACACUGUCCAGAAAAUAGCAGAAGAAGAAACGUAACCUUCAGCCAGCAGGUUGCUAACAUCCUGCUGAAUGGUGUUAAGUAUGAGAGCGAGCUGAAUGGAUCAGCUGAGACCUCUGAGCAGCCACUCUCUGUGAAACUUCUUUGUUCCACCAUCUGCCAGAUGCCCAAGGCUCUUCGUAACCUCUGCAUCAACCACUUCCUAGGAUGGCUUUCCUUUGAGGGGAUGCUACUCUUCUAUACCGACUUCAUGGGAGAAGUAGUGUUUGAAGGGAAUGCUAAAGCACCUCACAACUCAGAUGAGUAUCAGAAGUACAACGCUGGGGUGACCAUGGGCUGCUGGGGAAUGUGCAUCUAUGCGUUCAGUGCUGCUUUCUAUUCAGCUGCGCUGGAGAAGCUGGAGGAGAGGUUCAGCACUCGGACGCUGUACUUCGUGGCGUAUUUGGCCUUCGGGCUGGGCACGGGGCUGGCCACGCUCUCCAGAAACAUCUACGUAGUGCUGUCGCUCUGUGCUACCUACGGCAUCCUCUUUGCCACGCUCUGCACCCUGCCCUACUCCCUGCUCUGUGACUACUACCAGAGCCACGAGAUCCUCGUGGCCCUGGCCAUGGGCCCUCUGACCGCGGCCGUGGGCAGUGCCAGCGGCGCCAUGUACUUCGCCAGCCUGGUGUCCUUCCUGGGCUGUCUCUUCUCCUCCCUGUGCGUCACCUAUGAGUCACCACCCGCUGAGGAGAUGCCACCCACGGAGGAGCAGCGCCCACUCCUGCCCCGCGCACAGAACGAAUAAAGAGGGAAAGCUGCUACA